UGGUAACAACACAGCUGACGGUGGUGCAAUUUGAAACUUCAGCUGUGAGAAAAACAUUGACAAAAAAAAAAAACGCGAGAGCGUGAACGAACACACGCGUUGAAAUGUUUGAACGCGCCGCAAACGUGAGUGGAAUGACGUACAGUGUCUCAUAAACGCGCGAGACGGGACGACGCUAUAUAAUUACAUAAGUCAAAGACAUAAUUCAAGUGACCACACAUCUAAAUCAUGUUGCAAAACGUGAAUAAGGAACUGGCCCCAAUAAAGUCACAUUAUUUUCUUUAUAAUGCUGCAACAGGACCAAUGGUACAAUUUUUACCAACAAUUGGAAAGCAAUUAGGUUUCUCUGCGACAGUGGUUGGUACAAUAUAUACAGUAUUACCAAUUUCUGGACUGAUCGCAAAACCACUGUUUGGCGGUCUGGCUGACAAGUUUAAAUUACAUAAAACCAUCUUCUUGAUAUUCGAAGCUAUACUGACAAUAGCGUUUUUCUCUAUUUAUUUCAUUCCUGAACUGGACAGGAAUGCAAAAGUUACUCUAAUCUGCAAUAAAGAUGUGUCGUACUUAGAGAUUUGUCCACAGGUGGAAUUCUCAAAGAAGGCAUUAAGCGCCGUAAUUUUAGAAAAUAUACACGCUAACACAGUUUGCCAGUUGUCUUGCAAAGGAGUAUCUCACGGUUUCUUAGAACUAUCUGGCAAAAAUAUUUCUGUGAACAACACGUUCAAAUUUAGUGCAGGAUUUGAUGUAUAUCAAGAUUUACUUUUGAAGGACUGUGUGCAUAUGAAACUACGUACGUUUCUCGAUGGCACUGCACACGUUCCAAUAUGUGGGGAUCAGUUGAGAACCUGGUGUACGGCAACUUGCCACAAUAAUAGUGCGUUUAAUCAUCUUCUGCAAGAGGCUAAGGAUUCGCAAAGUGAUAUGAAACAUUCUACGUAUCAGUUUCAUGUAUUUCUAUGGGCAGCCAUCAUCAGUUGGAUUGGAAUGGCUGUUGUAGUUAGCAUAGCCGAUGCCAUCUGCUUCGAUCUCCUUGGUAAUGAAAGAAGGAAUGAUUACGGGAAACAGAAGAUGUGGGGCAGCCUCGGUUUCGGUAUUUUUGGUAUAAGCGCAGGUUAUUUGAUAGAUCUUUCCAGCAAGGGACAAUACGAAAAAGAUUAUACUUGUAUAUUUUACAUUAUGCUAGUGACUAUGUUCGCCGACAUUUUGGUGUCUGCAACAUUGAAAAAGAAAAAUCCAGAAUGCUCUGCGGACGAGCCGUCGUUAUUUCGGGAACUAUUAAACGUUGUCAAAGAAGGAAGAGUAUUGGUGUUUGCUUGGUGGUGUAUAGGCGCUGGAAUGUGUACAGCAGUUAUUUGGAACUUCCUAUUCUGGUACAGCGAAGAUUUAGCGGUCACUUCUCACAUCACAUGGAGUAAAACUCUGCAGGGCUUGAUGACCGGUGUUCAAUGUUUUCUAGGAGAAUUACCCUUCAACUUUGUAUCGGGCAGAGUGCUGAAAAAACUCGGUCACGUUAACGUCAUGAGUCUCGUGUUACUUAUCUAUGCAAUUAGAUUUAUGGCAUACAGCAUUAUAUCGAAUGCCUGGCUGUUUUUAAUUCUUGAAUUGCUCCAUGGACCUUCAUUUGGUCUAUGUUGGCCAACAAUGGUAUCCUAUGGUGAUAAAGUAACACCAUCCGGUACAAAAGCCACUAUGCAAGGAUUCAUCGGUGCUGUUUUUGAAGGAAUUGGAGUAGCAAGUGGUAGCUUCAUAUGUGGUUGGUUACUAGAUUCUUAUGGAGGUGUUACAGCAUUAAGAACUUUUUCAGUGGGUGCUCUUUUAUGGCUAAGCGUAUUUUGGUUAAUGGAACUUUUACUGAGGAAGUUGAAAGCUUAUCCGCUAUAUCGAGGCCAUAAUCAUCUAGCUAAUUAUGCCAAUCCAGAUGAUGCUAUUCUUAUGACAAUAAGUCAAGAAUUACAAACUUAUUAGUUUAGGACAAUUUUACAAUAUAAUUUUGUAAUUUAUUCAUACAUUUUUAUUGAUAAAUUAAUGGAAAUACUAUCUCGCACGAUUGAA